CAACCCCCAACCGUCGCCGAGUCGUUUCUUCCACGCUCACUUUUCGAUUUCCGCCCAAGAAAUCCUAUAGAAAAACACCAUGGCUGGACGUUGGGUCAAAGCGUUGUUAGGGUUGUCUGCGUUGGCGGUGCUAUCUGUGGAAGGCGCGUGUCCGAACAAGUGCUCUGGUCACGGGUCGUGCGGGGCGAACGACAUUUGCUCGUGCGAGCAGAACUGGAUCAACGCCGACUGUUCGGCCCGCCAAUGCCCGUUCACGCGUGCGUGGCAAGACACGGCGAGCUACAACAACGACGCACACUACUACGCUGAAUGCGGCAACCGCGGCAUCUGCGAUCGCUCUACCGGCAUCUGCCAGUGCGACGAAACGUUUGUAGGGUCUGGCUGUCGCCGCCUUAAGUGUCCUAGCGACUGCUCGGGCCAUGGCAAGUGCCAGUUCAUCGAAGACUUGGCCGUGUCCACCGACAAGCGCGUGGGCGGCAACCCACUGUUCAUCGACUACACGAGCUGGGACCGCGAAAAGAUCCAAGGCUGCCGCUGCGACCCUGGAUGGGAAGGCCACAGCUGCAACCGCCGCGUAUGCCCCCAGGGGGACGAUCCGCUCACGACCGGCCAGUACGACAUGCAGCAAGGGAUCACCAUCACCCAUUCCGCUGUGAUCAAGUUUGUCAUCCGAUACGCCGAUCCGUACGGUAACCUGUGGACGACGAGCGAAAUCACGUCCGGCUUGCCCACCGCGGACGCCACGACGUGCACCAACAUCGAAACGGCCCUCCGCCGCAUCCCCAACUUUGCCCUGAGCUCGCGCGUGUUGAACUCGAACGAAAUCAGCGUCAAGCCCGGCGGAGUCGGCGCGUACACCCGCACGGGCCCCACGACGGGGACGGUGGCGGCGACGGUGGCCGACAUCACCACCGCGACCAACUGCAUUGUGACGUUCCCGGCGGCGCCUGGUACCACUGGCCUCCAGAGUUUGCUAGAGGUGGACGUGACUCCGUACACCGCUGCCGGAAGCCAGCCCAUCUCGGCUGGUGGUGGCGCUGCCACAGUCGUUGUGGUCGAGCAUAUUCCCGGCUCCAACGCUGCCGGUGCGCUUGCCCGACCGCUCACGGAAUUGGCCACGUGCUCCAACCGCGGGGUUUGCAACGCCGAAACGGGGCAAUGCCAGUGCUACGCCGGCCACAAGGGCUUGGCAUGCGAACUGCAGGAAGCGCUGGUGUAGAAGUAGCCUUAGAGUCAGCAGGGUGAUUGUGUUGCAUAACGUAGGCAUGGUAAUGAAACUUGUGUGCUUCUUGCCUCA